AUGGGUGGACUCCAGGAAGGAGACUUCUACUUUUCCCUCACGAGGAACCCCCUUGAGACGUAUAAGGACCUCCUUUGCGAAGCCACAAGCUACUCCCAAGCCGAGCAGUUGAACUUGGCAAGAAAGGCUAUCGCAAGGUCAGUGUUAGAAACCCACUCAUUGAAGGAAAAGAGGCUUAACAACUAUGCCUAUGAUCGAUCGGCAAAAAGAAAGAAGCGAGAGUCGGGAUCCUCAACUCAGAAGAAUAAGGGUUGUGGCGCAAGCUUGGUUUUAGUAUUCCCUAGCGGGAUCACGGUGGAGUACGCUUUGCGUUUUAGCUUCCAGGCGUCAAAUAACGAGGCAGAGUAUGAAGCCUUCCUUGUAGGCCUUCACUUAGCAAAGAAACCAGGUGCUGAACACAUUAGCAUCCAUAAUAGCUUGUGGUUAAUUAGGUCAUCGGUGAGUACCAAGCUCGGGAGUAGCACAUGA